AUGUCCAGCAGCGGCGUUCUCAAUGUCCCUAUUACAGUCAUUGAUGGACAAAGAUGGUAUAUGUGCCCACAGUGCGAAAAAACGUUUUUGCAGAGCAGCGACUUAAGGCGCCACAUUUCGGACGUCCAUGAGAAUCGUGUCCCUGCUUCUGGAGUUUGCCAUCAACAUCAAGAUCUACAGCGCACGGAAAUUGGUGGUGGAGGCAGUGGUGCUGCCUUGGAGGAUUGUCACUAG